UGUCUUGACUGUACCUUCUUAGCGCAGGAAGUGGGUCGAAUAAACGGCUACAGAAAACCGCAUUUCACACUCGCGCUUAGCAGAACGAUUUUUUUUGGCAACUUUUCGCUAUGGCUAGCGCUUUUCAGAACUGCCGCUCAGUUAUGGUCACCGGUGCUAGCCGAGGCUUAGGUCUGCAAAUAGUGGGGAGCCUGGCAAAGAGCUGCCACUGUCCGGGAAAAGUGAUUGCUACAGCCAGAGAGCCAAGCAGAGCCAAGGAAUUGCGGUGCUUGGUUGAGAAAUACCCAAAUAUCCAUAUUGUGACACUCGAUGUGGUAAAUCAGGAAAGCAUUGCUAACGCUGCCAAAGAGGUGGAAGCUCUUGUGGGCGAGGAGGGACUGAGCUGCCUGAUUAAUAACGCUGGAAUUAAUGUCGUGGCAAAUUUGGAGAAGGUGACGGCAGAGCAGAUGAUGCAAAAUUUCGAAACCAACUCUGUAGCCCCCCUCAUGAUCACAAAGACGUUUUUGCCACUGUUGAAGAAAGCUGCAGCUCGCAGCACUGGAAUGGGAAUUCACAGAGCUGCUGUCAUUAACAUGACCUCCCUCCUGGGAUCUGUUGAACUCAACUGGGGUGCUAACGCAAAUAACUUUAAGUGGUACCCAUACAGAACAUCAAAAGCGGCUCUGAACAUGGUGACUCGCUGUCUGGCUGUUGAUUUAGAGGCAGACGGUAUCCUGUGCACAGCCAUCCACCCAGGCUGGGUCCGCACUGAUAUGGGGGGGGCAGAGGCUCCUCUGAGUACAGAAGAGAGCAUCUCUUCAGUUCUCUCUGUGAUUGGCAACUUGUCUGAAAAGGAUCACGGGGGAUUUCUGCGCUACACUGCGGAGACACUGCCUUGGUGAACUGGUGGAUGUUUGUCUGAGACAGGAAUGAACAUCUUUGCAGAACUGUUCCGACUGUGAUGUUCUCCAGUGUAAGUCCAGGUGAAGCAGUUUGAAAUCUGGACCUCUCCUUUCGGAGCUUCUCCAAGACUUAUACCACCUAUAGUCCGCCCCAGAUUCAGCUCCAUUGCCGUGAUUUACUUUGUAUUUUCAGUUUCAGAAAACAAAUGGUAAAAUUAAAAAAUGUAGAAGUUUGAUCCGUUA